AACAGUUAAUCAAAAUCAACUGACAUUUCUUUUUUCAUUAAUUUGCUUUCAAUAUUUUAUUUUGGAAUUAUGCCGCAAAUUUAGUAAAUUAAAUUUUAGUAAUAAAUUGGCUAAUGGAACGUCGAAAUUUGUCGUGUAAUAAUUUUCAAUGCUGUGCUAGCACAGCUUGUUGGUCAGAAUUUCGUUGCCCGGAAUUGCCCUGCACUUCAAGGUCCCUAUUCAUUGUUGGAACACAAGUGCCGCAGUUGGAAGGGCCGACGACAUCUUCAAAUUUAGCAUUUCGAUAUACAAGACCAACAGAAAUUAUUCAGGAAGAUAUAAAUUUAAAACAAUUACUUCUUUCGGAUACCACCGUACAAUGCUCUCCACUUCAUCUGCGUCAAUUACUACGUCUCUAUAAACUUGAUAUUCUCUCUCCAGCACAUAUUUUAUUUUUGCUUGUUUACCUUAUAGCACUGGAAUGUGGUUUUGUCUCCAAAAAACUGUUUAAGAAGUUUUGUCGUGUACUUUCGCCGAUUCCCCCUUCUUUUACUUAUCACUCCAAAAAUGUAUUGUUCCUAAGUAGGGAAAAGCCGAUAUAUAAGUUCAACAGUCCACAAGAGACAUAUUUCUCCACCGAGCUCCGUGUGCUGAAUCGAAAUUUAAAGCAUAGCUCUCUUUACUCAAUACUUACGGCUCUCGUAAGUGGGGAUUAUUUACUUGUGACUUUAACUCCUGUUCCAACUACUUUGAAGGGUUUUAGUUCUUGUUUGUCAAUUAGCCGUUAUGUUAUAUCACAUUUAAGCACACGUGAACCGGUAUCGCGGUAUUUUCGAAAACUAGAUCAAUUAACGAUGCAACUGAGGGACGAAGUUUUCAUGCCAGUUCGUAAUGAGCAACUAGCAUAUUUGAAGGCGAAUCCUUAUCCUUCGAUUAAUGGUCUGCCAUUAGAAAUUCGUGUUCUGCUCUACGAAUAUCUAAAUGAAAACGAUUUGAAGAAUUUGUCACAAGUUUCGAAACAAUUUUAUGCAGAAUUAGAGAAUAUGAAAAUGGAAAGCUAUAAAGAUGACAUCCACAAUGAAUCCAAGAAACAGAUAGACUCGGAAGAAAGUGAUUUGGAGGAGGAUGACAAUAAAAAUAUAUAUAUUUGAUGAUCCUUUUAUGAAAAGACCUUACUUAAAAAUUAUUGUAUGUUUUAAUGCGUUCAAAACAUUGGAAAUUUGGGUAUGCGCCGAUAACAAAUUAUUUAAAUCACUGUAAUAUGAAAUUAAUAUAGUGUGAUUAAAGAUUUUUACCGUAAAUUCGA